GCCAUUCAAUAUGUUUCUCAGCUGAGGGGAAAAAAACAAAAGGUAAAAGAAAAACAUAGAUAUUAUUGAUUUACAGAGUUUCUACAGAAGGCCAACAAAAUGGGAACUCUAUCUCUCUUCCCUCCCUCCUUAACUGCUUCAUUCCGACUCUGUACCUCCCAUUCCAAGACCCAACUCUCCAACCCCAUAUUCUGCCCACACGUCUCCUCAACGACUUCCAAAUCACUAAGGUUUCCCAGCAAAACCAUAGCUUUUGGAAGCAACGCAAAUGACCCAAAAGAGUCUAUUUUCUUGGAUGAAAAUGGUGCCGUUGAUGAUAUGGAUGGGUAUAUGAACUACCUCUCUCUAGAAUAUGACUCUGUUUGGGACACCAAACCAUCCUGGUGUCAACCAUGGACGAUAGUUCUAACUGGAGUAUCAGUCAUUGCUAGUAGCUGGUUAAUCGUGCACUCGAUAGUAGUCACAGUGGUUAUACUGUUACUAAUAUGCACAUGGUGGUACAUCUUUUUGUAUUCUUAUCCAAAGGCAUAUUCAGAGAUGAUUUCUGAGCGGAGGAGGAGGGUGACAAAUGGCGUUGAAGACACAUUUGGUUUUGGAAGAGGCAAUGAAUCAAACUAAACAUCAAUUUGCUGCUGGCCUCCCUCCCUCCCUCCCUCUAAGAGUGAGCAGAAACUUUGGGCUGCAGAGACAUUAAAGUUUCUCUGCUCCUAUAGUUUUAUGAUUUUUCUUUUCCUUUGCUUUUUUUCCUCUGGUUCUAGAAGUUAAAUUCUCAAGAAAUGUUGUUAUUGAAUGUGCAAUGUUUUUUCAUUUAUUGAGAUUAGCUUAUUGAAGGCCAUCUUGUAACCAAAUGAUCAAGUUUCAAUUUGAGCGCAGCUCAUUCUCAGAA